AUGCUCAUGGUAUUUUCCUCAGUCAGCAGCGAAUGGGACGGACGUGCUCUCAAGAAAGAGGUGAAAGUUCGGAACCUGAUGUCCUUGGACCGAUUCUUGAAUCGGACAGGGGGUUUUCACUCACAGGCUAGCGAUCAAAGCUUGGCCGACAUGGGGCUCCAAGAACUCAGCCCGUCCCACUACCACAGGCAGGUGAUGCACUUGUGUACUGGUGUUACAGUUCCGUUGUUUGUGAAGCUUGUUUUGGUUGCUGCCAGAUUAUCCAGCGAUUUUGCAUUUCGUUUCUUUCGGCGAGCAGCAACCGUCCUGAACGAGGACCGAUGCAAGCAUGCACACACACAGACACGUAAGCCAAGUGUGGGUUCUUCGCUUGAGAUAAUUGAGGAGAUCAAAGAGCAGAGGUUCCCGUCCGUGAACCUCAUAUCCGAUGCCAGCCCAAAGGCUCGAAUGGACGUUUGGCUUCCCGUCCUGACCGUGGACAAGACCGUGGCACCGUGGGUUCUACAACGUCUCUCGGACUUGCUGCCUUCGACAGCCUCUACAGAAACAAAAAUGGAGGAAUGCCAAAGGCUUGCAGACCAGGCAGCACAGGCCGACAGCAAGCUCGCUACUGCACGCAAGCUGCCGAAGGCGAUAUCGAAGAUCAAGCAGCAACGAUUGUCUACGAGAGAGCAUCUGAAAGCUGUCAUCCAUUCGUUGGACCUGCUGGAGUGUGAGCUGAAACUCCCGAAGGCAACACUGGAAGGUGCACGGCCACAGGAACAUAUCACUAUGGAACGAUAUUCGAGCCGGUCCUUCCGUUGCAACACACAGUCUGGAGAGUCCGAGUGGCUCAGUCUGGACCAAAAGCUCCUUCGUUUGGUUUUGCAAGGAGACCAAGGUGGCCCCCUUUACUCGGGCUACCAGUACUUGGCAGGGAGGGGAUUCCCUGUCUCCUUCAUAAGGGACGAGUCGUGCCUUGGCUUCGAGUAG